AUGUUAGGCGCGGGAGACACGAUUGAAUAUGUCUUCGGGUCUGCAGCUGCCACAACUUGUUCGUUUAUGCCCCCCCCCUCCAUCUUUAAUUAUUGCCCGUGCCUGGGCCAACAACUCUCCCAAAGGAAGAUCAUUCAUUCUGGAAGAUGCGCGCAAGAGAUUUUCAUGCUCCAAGCCAAUGACUUUUCUCUUGCUCCAUUACACGUUAAGGCUGUGGUUACAUCUUCCGAGCAAUAUUGUAAGAUGAUGGUGAACUUUACAGUUAGGCCAUAUGAUUAUAUAAAUAUCACAUGGAAAGAGAAACCAGAGAAAAAUUUUCAGUUUUGUAAUAACACCAGCAUUUGUAAAAUCAAUUGUUGGUGGUAUUUCUCAUACAUUUUCCAUGUUCAGAUUUUCAAGACAGACUUUCCUAUUUAUCAAGGCAACUGGACAUUUAAAGUAAAUAAAACUAUUUAUAAACUUGAUCAACUGACACAAGUGAAGAUAUUUGCCAAUAUUGAAAAUAUCAACUUGUCUUAUGCCAUCAUAAAUGACUAUGAUGAUGUUAAAACAUUUACUUGCAUCUACAGAAUAUUUUACAAAUCUGAAUGGGACAAAACUGCAAAGAAUUUUACAACCAAUGAAACAGAAAUUGUACUUGAGGAUUUAGUGCCAUACACGACAUACACCAUUGAAAUACAAGCAAAACCUAAUGAAAGUAUAUAUUGGAGUGAUAAACUAAUUCUUAAAAAAAGAACUUUGCCAUCAGCUCCGUAUGCUGGACCAAAAUCAACAAAUGGAAGCUAUUUGGAAAUAACCUGUAAAGAAAAAGAUAAAAGAUGUUUCAUCCUCUACUGGGCUAUGAUAGCAAAGCCAUUAAGGAAUGGUAUUUUGGAAGGUUACGCCAUUCAACAAAAUGGAACAACUCUGGCUGAAACUCCAAAAAUAUUUAUCAAAAUAAAUGAUCAGCCACAGAAUAAAGAACUUUGGUUUAAAAUUCGAGCUAAAACAAAUGAGUAUCAGUACUCACCACCGACUACUAUACACAUCCCACCAAAAGCACCUGAAAGGCCCAGAGCUGUUACUGUUGUUCAGCUGAACAACACUCACUUCAGUAUUUCCUGGGCACUCAAGCAACCCCAGGAAAACAAAACUGUCACCGUGAUGUCCUGUUUUGGAGAAAAAGUAGGUUCUAUUUUCUGGUGUAAGUCUGAUAUGAUGUGGACAAAAAUCAAAAAUGAAAACUUUACAAUCCUGAAAGCCCCAAAAGCAACAAAUUUUGCUGCGUCUGUUAGCAAUUCUGAAGGAAGCAGUUCAUUAACUUUAGCCAAAUGCUUAUUGGGUGGAGGAAUAGCAAAAACCCCUCCAAAGCCAAUCAUUUUUAAAAGAUAUCCCUAUAAGAUGGAAUUGCAGUGGCCUUCUUUUGGUUGUAAUGAACUGAAUGGGAGACCAACUUUGUUUCAGGUUCUUUAUGCCAAAGGAAAUGAUUGUAAAAAUGGAUUUGAACUAAAUAUUCCAGCCAUUGGUAUAAAACCAGAAACUGAAAUAACAGAGAUUAAAAACUUGAAGCCUUUUACAAAUUAUUCCGUGUGUCUUAGAAUACAUACAGAAGAAGGCUGGAGUCAAAUUAGUCCUCAGUUAAAAACAUCAACUCUUGAAACUAAUCCUAGCAGUGUUAGAAAUCUUCAACAUUACAAACCAAAUGGAAUUAUCACAGAGUAUAGAAUUAUUUAUACAAAGCUUGGUGGCAGUACAUAUAAAAUAGUCUCAAAUUCUUCAAAUAUGGCAAAUGUUUCUCAUUUGUAUCCUUAUUCCAAAUACAAUUUUACUGUGUCUUCCUGCAAUAAAGCUGGUUGUUCAAUGGAGCCUCAUUACAUCAGUGCCAAAACUUUGACUGGAAACACUGCCGUGGUUGAUUUGCAACUGACUUUAAUAAAUGCAAGCAUUUUGAUAAUCACCUGGAAGCCCCCAUCUUUCUUAAAGGAACAUGUACUAUACUACAAACUUAAGAUUAUAGGCGGCAAAAAGGAGAUUAUUAAAAAUAUGACUGACACAAAAUACAACAUAAGCAUUUCAUGUCAAUCAGAUGAUACUUUUGAGAGAGUUAAUGUGAUAGCUGUGAUAAAAAAUGAAAGCUCUAUUAUUUAUGGAGAAUCAACAAUAUCCCAAAUCUUAUGUCCAGAAAGUGAGAAACUUUGGAUAAUUGUUCUAGUGGUGAUAUUUGGUGUUGCUUUGUUAUUCAUUAUCCUUGUGUGUCUCAUAAAUUGGGUAUCUAAAAACAAAAAAAAAUUGGCUAUUUCUGCAAACAUUCCUGAUGUGAUGAAAUACAAUUCAUCUAUUUCCACAACCACACAUUCGCAUUGUUUUCUUCUUUCUCCUCCUCUAUUUUAUUUCAGCUAUACUUAA